AUGCGACCAUGGUCGUGUAUACCCGCCGCGCUCCUUGCAUUCCUUCCACUCGUAGCCCCUGCCCAGCUCCCUCUGAGCCCUCCACGCGCGCACACACCGUCUACCACUCUCCUCGAGGCGCUCUAUGAUGAUCCGGACUAUCUCUCCUUCAUCAAGCUCUUGCAGCGCGCCAAGCUCAUACCAACUCUGAAUCGGCUGAAUGGCGGCACUCUUUUCGCCCCCACAAACGAGGCCAUCGCGAAGCACCCUUCAUGGCAGGCCUCCUUGACCGGCGACUUACGCGACAACAUACAGGAGAAUCUACGUCAACAAUUAUUCUACCACAUCCUCAAUUAUACGCCCCCCGCUUUGCCGACUGAGCAGACUCCGUGCGAGUUCGAGACACUUCACUUCCCGCGAUCGCCUACAGAACCGCCCACCCGUGAGCCGCCUCCCGGGCCUCCUUGGAUGCCUCUGCCAGGUGGAACUCUGGGCGGAAAACCUCAACGCCUACGCGCGUCGUUUCGCGAUGAUAGCAUUUGGGUGGGUGUAGAUGCAUUCGGCGAGCAAGGCGUGGAAGUUGUGAAGGACAAGGUAGACACGGCAAAUGGCAUGCUGCUUGGAAUUAAUGGAGUGCUUGAGAUUCCCCCUGAUCUAGCGACUGUCGCGUCCCAGCAUCCAUCGCUAUCCUAUUUCGCGGACGUCUUGACUCCUGAUAUGAUGGAAUUCCUGAACACAUCGUCGGCCUUGACAGUUUUCUUGCCUGUAGAUGAAGCUUGGGAGGCGUUGCCAUACUAUGAACGGCUAUACUUGCAGAGCAAGUUCGCGACCGACGAUCUCAUGCGGAUAGUUCGUAUGCAUGCAGUUGCCCGCAAGCAUGUGAAAUACGCCGACUCGUUUGCGCCAUCCAUUAAUCUAACAACCCUCGACGGGUCUGAGUUGCGUAUCGUAACGUCGGAGGACUCCAAGAUCACGGUAUCGGCUGCUGACAUGAUUCAGAAGAAUAUUUACGCGUCAAAUGGUGUUGUACACACGGUGUCCACCCUGUUGAUUCCACCCGAAGCGAUCCAUUUGACCCCGGAGAAGUAUCUUCUGACACUCAACUGCACGACAUUCGUGGAGUUGCUGCAUUCAGUUGAUUUGACGGCUCUAGUCAAUGAUACCAGCGCGGAAUGGACUAUUCUUGCUCCUAGGGACGACGUGAUUAGCCUAUUUGGCGACGGAGAGCUGCCGAAGAGGGGGAGUGAGGAACUACGGAAGAUGCUACAAUACCAUUUCGUUCCCGGUAAGUGGGAGCCAGAGAAGCUGAAGAACAGCAUGCUAUUGGAGACGGCUCUCGAGGAACCCGGGCUAGAUGGGGGCAGGCAAGUCAUGGACGUAGAAGUAACCGGCGAAAAGAAGAAAGGAGAUGACGGGAAGGGCAUGGCCGUCAGGUUCAGCGGAGCUGGGACUAUUGGCGAUUAUGUGGAAAUUGACAACACGUUGAUCUACUUCAUCUCUCGACCCCUUGUACCACCUUCUGACGCUUUACAAACUGCCUUGCCAUCACUCGAGCUCUCCUCGUUCCUCGCGGCAGUCUUCUCCACGAACCUAGCCGACACACUCAAAACCACGCCUCGCACGACACUCCUGAUCCCACUUAACAGCGCGUUCAAACGCCUUGGCAUGCUCGUAUCCGCGCAUCUGCUUGCUGCGUCUUCGAAGACUGACCUGGAACGGGUCAUUCAACAUCAUGCCUUGACCGACGUACAGUAUGGCGCGGUCUUUGUGAAUGGGAGUCAACGCACAUUUGGCACACUUGAAGGUUCUGACGUUCAUGUGGAUCGCCGAGCCAACGGCAGCCUCGUCCUCAGCGCCAGUGGUGGAUGGUCAGGCAUGCAAGCCGAGCUACAGCUGCGGAAUAUGCUCACGCAGACUGGUGUUAUACACGAGGUUUCGGACAUCAUGAUUCCACGGAGUGUGCAGUUGACAGUCGGCAAGCUCGUCAAGGCGGCUAAAGCUACUACUAUGGCAACGAUGAUGACGAAGGCUGGGCUGGACUGGAUCUUGAAUGGCACGGCACCACCGGAGAACUCACCUUGGGCAGACAGAGGCCUCGGCGGAUCUGGCUGGACGUUGUUAUGUCCUACGGAUGACGCAUUCAAGCAUGUGAACUUAACGACUCUGUACGGAGACCAGGAACAGCUACACGCCAUUGUAGGUCAGCAUCUCAUCCCGACAUCAUCUACAGGCCGGGAUCCCAUCGCGGAUGUGCAGGACGUGGUGAAUAACAAUCGACCGCUCGCGAUGGACGAUAGUGCAUCAUACACCACACUCAGUUUGGACGACUCUCUCGACCGGGGCGUUGUGUUCCGUGUUCUUGACGGCGAAGGUGGUACCGUCGUGGGCGUGGAGGGUGCGCGCGGACAAAACGGGAAGCGUGACUGGGCGCGCGUACUCUCGUGGGGGAGGUCUACGACAGGCGGUGGAACAGGCGGUGUUAUUCAGAUUGACAGGUUGCUCUUGCCAUACCAUCCGCCGUGGUAUCUCGAGUACGGUGCGCCGAUCGCGGUUGGCUUCAUUGGCUCCGUGAUGAUUGCUGCAUUUUUUUAUGGCGUGAGGGUAGUGUGGCGGAAAGAUACGACGGAGGCGACGUAUGAGCCGAUUGGGGGAUUCGUUGCGGAGGAGUCAGAGGAAUCAUGA